AGGUGGACGCACACGUGGGGUUAGCUUCUGAGGGACUGUAGUUGAUGCUGUGUGCAUCGCGUGAAUUGUACAACAUGGCAGCAGUUCAAGAGCAAGAGAUUCAGUUGGCACAAAAGUUAGCGGCUAACGAAAAGCCCAUCCGAACCAAAGCUUUAAGGAAGCUGAGGAAGUAUAUCAAUCUGAGAUCACAGAAGUCCACAGAUGGUUUUACUAGUGAAGAACUGCUCAAGCUAUGGAAGGGUCUGUUCUACUGUUUGUGGAUGCAGGACAAACCCCUUUUACAGGAGGAACUCUCAAACUCUAUCUCCACUCUCAUCCACAGUUUUCAUGAUGUAAAUGGACAGUUCUUAUAUCUGGAGAGCUCUCUGAAGACCUUCAAAAGAGAGUGGACUGGCAUCGACAGGCUGCGAAUGGACAAGGUUUUCCAGCUCGUCCGCUUCAUGUUCAGGCAAACCUUUGAGAUGCUGAAGAGAAAAAACUGGGAAUGCAGUGUGGUUGCAAGAUUUCUGGAACUGUUGAGAACAGAGCUCCUUCAGGUUGGCAGCAAUGCCCCUACUGGCCUGCAGCUCCAUGUCCUUGACCUGUAUUUGACUGAACUAGCAGUUGUGGGUUCAGCAGAGCUCACUGCUGAACAGAACCUGAUAUUCCUAGAGCCGUUCUGCAACGCAGCAGCCAAAACCAAAGACCGGACACUUUUCCAAGCCAUCUGCAGCAGCAUCUUCAGCACAAUCAUUGACCAGGCCCCCUUUGCCAUUGAAGAUCUGAUAAAGGAGAUGAAAGAGACAGACUUCUCCGAUUCUGGCCAGUCCUCCGAAGGGGACGACGAGGCAGUUGAGCGCAAAGAGCUGGUGAAGCAAAUGAAUGGUAUUAAAUCACACGCCCAUGAUAACGAUCAUGAGCUUCAGUCAGACGACUCCGACACAGAACUACAAUAUGAUGACGACGAUGACACAACACCUGUUUUACAGUUUGACUAUGCAGCUCUCGCUGACAAGCUGUUGCAGUUGUCAAGCUGUAGUAACACACCCAGCCAGAACAGACAGAUACUCUACAAAAUCAUCAAAGUGUUGCGAGAUCUCAGUGAAGGCAUCUUUCCUCAGGAUGACUAUCCAGAGGAAGUCUCCACGGAUGAGGAUGAUGACAACUUUGAUGACAAAAUAAUGAGGUUCACUCAAACAUGACUGCACAAGAUCAGAUUGUAGUAUUCUUAAUUAUAAGGUGUACCUAUCAGACUGAAAGUAAAUACAAACUACUAUACAAUUACAAACAUACAUGUGUGUGUUUUUGCACCCUUUAAAUGAAA